CUGCUGCGGCAUCCCGAGCCGCUGCCGGACUCCCGAGACGGCUCGUGCGCGCGCGCGGAGGGGCUCGAAAGUUCCGGGGAGCGGAGUUGGGAGAGUUGCGGCCACCCGGGACGGGAGGCGGUGGUCCUGGGAGCGCCCCCGGCGCGGCGAAACCGGCUCGAGCUGGUGGGGAGGGCUCGGCCCGUGGGGCCCCAGGGGCCUGACGGGGAGGGACGGCUGGGGGUGCAGGAAGCAAAUUGGCUGCCUGGAGUGCAGGAAGGACAAGUGGUGCGGGCUGUCCAGGAAACGUUCCUGAACGCGAAGGGGUCUCCAGGGAUCGAGGGACCCCCCGAGAGGCCCAGGACCAUCAGGCGCCGGCGGAGGAGGAGGUGGUAACCCACCAGCUGCGGGCCUGCCCCCAGGAUCCCUCCUGGGUUAGGGUGACCCAGGAUGUAGGGGCUGGUGGUAUGGGGAGCGGUGGCGCGCUGCGAAUCUGACAGCUUUGGAAAGCCGCUGCCGGAGGGCUGGCAGUGCCCUGCAGGAUCCUCUUCUAGCACCGUUUGGGUGCCACCGAAGCUGUGUCUUGUCUGCCAGGGGCUGCUGAAGCGACAGAGGCUGGGAAGCAGCAGCAUGCAGCCAGAGGAGGGCACAGGCUGGCUGCUGGAACUUCUGUCUGAAGUGCAACUACAGCAGUACUUCCUGCGGCUCCGCGAUGACCUCAAUGUUACUCGCCUAUCCCAUUUUGAGUAUGUCAAGAACGAGGACCUGGAAAAGAUCGGCAUGGGCCGGCCUGGCCAGCGGCGGCUGUGGGAGGCUGUGAAGAGGAGGAAGGCUAUGUACAAACGCAAGUCAUGGAUGAGCAAGGUGUUCAGUGGAAAGCGGCUGGAGGCUGAGUUUCCCCCUCAUCACUCUCAGAGCACUUUCCAGAAGCCUUUGCCCACCACUGGUGGCCCAGCAGGUGAGGGGGCCCUGCAGAGCCUCACCUGCCUCAUUGGGGAAAAGGACCUGCGCCUCCUGGAGAAGCUAGGAGAUGGCUCAUUUGGUGUGGUGCGCAGGGGUGAGUGGGAUGCCCCUGCGGGGAAAACGGUGAGUGUGGCUGUGAAGUGCCUGAAGCCUGAUGUGCUGAGCCAGCCGGAGGCCAUGGACGACUUCAUCCGGGAGGUCAAUGCCAUGCAUUCCCUUGACCACAGAAAUCUUAUUCGUCUCUAUGGGGUGGUACUCACACCACCCAUGAAGAUGGUGACAGAGCUGGCACCUCUGGGAUCCUUGUUGGACCGGCUACGUAAGCACCAGGGUCACUUCCUCCUUGGGACUCUGAGCCGUUACGCUGUGCAGGUGGCUGAAGGCAUGGGCUACCUGGAGUCUAAGCGCUUUAUUCACCGUGACUUGGCUGCUCGAAACCUGCUGUUGGCUACACGUGACUUGGUCAAGAUUGGAGACUUCGGCCUGAUGCGAGCUCUGCCCCAGAAUGAUGAUCACUAUGUCAUGCAGGAACAUCGCAAGGUGCCAUUUGCCUGGUGUGCCCCUGAAAGCCUGAAGACACGGACUUUUUCCCAUGCCAGCGAUACCUGGAUGUUUGGAGUCACAUUGUGGGAGAUGUUCACCUAUGGCCAGGAGCCCUGGAUUGGCCUCAAUGGUAGUCAGAUUCUGCAUAAGAUUGAUAAGGAGGGGGAGCGCCUGCCUCGGCCCGAAGACUGCCCUCAGGAUAUCUACAAUGUCAUGGUCCAGUGCUGGGCUCACAAGCCAGAGGACAGACCCACAUUUGUGGCCCUUCGGGAUUUCUUGCUGGAGGCCCAGCCCACCGACAUGCGUGCCCUUCAGGACUUUGAGGAACCAGACAAGCUGCACAUCCAGAUGAAUGAUGUCAUCACUGUCAUUGAGGGAAGAGCUGAGAACUAUUGGUGGCGUGGGCAGAACACACGGACACUGUGUGUGGGGCCCUUCCCUCGCAACGUGGUGACCUCUGUGGCUGGCCUGUCAGCCCAAGACAUCAGCCAGCCCCUACAGAACAGCUUUAUCCACACGGGACAUGGCGACAGCGACCCCCGCCACUGCUGGGGCUUCCCCGACAGGAUUGACGAGCUGUAUCUGGGGAACCCUAUGGACCCUCCUGACCUGCUAAGCGUGGAGCUGAGCGCCUCCCGAGCCUCCCAGCAUCUAGGAAGAGUGAAAAGGGAGCCUCCACCUCGCCCACCUCAGCCUGCCAUCUUCACUCAGAAACCUACCUAUGAUCCUGUGAGUGAAGACCAAGACCCACUGUCCAGUGACUUCAAGAGGCUGGGCUUGCGGAAGCCAGGUCUGCCCCGAGGGCUGUGGCUAGCAAAGCCCUCUGCCCGCGUAUCUGGCACGAAGGCAGGUCGAAGUAGCGGGAGCGAGGUGACACUCAUCGACUUUGGCGAGGAGCCUGUGGUCCCUGUGCCGCGGCCCUGUGCGCCCUCCCUGGCACAGCUGGCCAUGGAUGCCUGCUCCCUGCUGGACAAGACACCACCUCAGAGCCCCACGCGAGCAUUACCACGACCUCUGCACCCCACACCUGUGGUGGAUUGGGAUGCACGCCCACUGCCUCCGCCCCCUGCUUAUGAUGAUGUGGCUCAAGACGAGGAUGACUUCGAGGUCUGCUCCAUCAACAGCACCCUGGUGGGCGCAGGGCUCCCUGCUGGGCCCAGCCAGGGCGAGACCAAUUACGCCUUUGUGCCCGAGCAGGCACCGCUGCCCCCUGCCCUGGAGGACAACCUGUUCCUCCCACCCCAGGGUGGGGGCAAGCCACCCAACUCAGCCCAGACCGCAGAGAUUUUCCAGGCCCUACAGCAGGAGUGUAUGCGACAGCUGCAGGUCCCCACUGGCUCCCUGGCCCCCUCACCCAGCCCGGGGACUGAUGACAAGCCGCAGGUGCCCCCCCGGGUGCCCAUCCCCCCUCGGCCCACGCGGCCACGUGUGGAGCUCUCUCCAGCCCCCAUGGGUGAGGAAGAGACAGGUCGGUGGCCUGGGCCCGCCUCUCCUCCCCGGGUACCGCCCCGGGAGCCCCUGUCCCCUCAAGGCUCCAGGACCCCCAGCCCCCUAGUGCUGCCUGGCAGCUCCCCGCUGCCACUUCGCCUCUCAAGCUCGCCCGGGAAAACAAUGCCUACCACCCAGAGCUUUGCCUCAGACCCCAAGUACGCCGCACCCCAGGUGAGCCAGGCUCCCGGCCCCCGGGCUGGUCCCUGCAUCUUGCCCAUUGUCCGAGAUGGCAAGAAGGUCAGCAACACGCACUACUAUCUGCUGCCUGAGCGCCCUCCCUACCUGGAGCGCUACCAGCGUUUUCUGCGUGAGGCGCAGAGCCCCGAAGAGCCAGCUGCCCUGCCUGUGCCCCUGUUGCUUCCUCCACCCAACACCCCAGCCCCUGCUGCCCCCACUGCCACCGUUAGGCCAAUGCCCCAGGCUUCCCCAGACCCCAAGGCCAACUUCUCCACCAACAACAGCAACCCAGGGGCCCGACCACCAGCCCUGAGGGCCACUGCUCGGCUGCCACAGAGGGGCUGCCCUGGGGAUGGGCCAGAGGCUGGACGGCCAGCAGACAAGGUCCAGAUGCUACAGGCCAUGGUGCAUGGGGUGACCACAGAGGAGUGCCAGGCGGCCCUGCAGAGCCACGGCUGGAGCGUGCAGAGGGCUGCCCAGUAUCUGAAGGUGGAGCAGCUCUUUGGGCUAGGUCUACGGCCACGGGUGGAGUGCCACAAAGUGCUGGAAAUGUUUGACUGGAACCUGGAGCAAGCUGGCUGCCACCUUCUGGGUUCCUGUGGUCCUGCCCACCACAAGCGCUGAGAGGUGUCUGGAGAGCGAAGGUCUGUCCUGAAGGAAUCACUUGAGCCUGUCCAUGUGACAAGGGUGGGGAGACGCCUCCCACUUGGGCCUGGAGGACCUGCCACUGCCUGCUGCUCCCAGUAGACAGUGAGGCCAUGGCGGCAGGGGGCUGGAGCCCCGCCGUGCCGUCUCACUCCCCAGCGCUGUCCCUGCACACCGGGUUCCACCCUCAGUGUCCCAGCCAGCUGGUGGGGAGAGCCCUGUGAAGCACACUGAGAGCCGGGUGUGGCUGGUCUGUAGCUGGAGUGCCCCCCGCCCCAGGCCCCGCUCAGGGGCGUCAGACUGACCAGGAGCCAGGCUUGAUCCGGACCAGGAGGACGUGUUGGUCACACAGAAUGGUGGGCCAGCACCCAGUGGGCCCUUCGCAGGGAUGGGCCCCUUUUUAGGAAAUGUAUGGCAGGCAGUUGGGGUGACUUGUGGCCUUGCCAUGGACAUGUUAGGGGGCUUGGCUGUUCUUGCUCUUGCUCCUGGAAAUAGCCUGAGGUGGCUCGGGAAGCAGAGAGUGGGUGCCAGACUGUUUUCUGGCAGGGACCAGGGCCCAGGGCCCUAGGGUUGGAAGGAGACCAAGGAGGCAGCUGCCCUGGAAGAUACCAGUGCUUCCUGUUAGACCGACCCCAACUCUUCUUUUGUGCCAUUCCAUGUUUUCCCACCAGCCCAUCGCCAAAGUUGCCCCCGCUAUGGAUAUCUGCUUCUUCCAGAGAAAUAAAGUUAGUUUCUAUUUUAUGUAACUUA